AUGGGAAGAGCGCUGACUAAUGUAGAAGUUGCGGGUCGGAUUAUCAAAUGGGCCAUAGAGUUGGGAGAAUAUGACAUACAAUAUCAGCCGCGCACCGCUAUUAAGGCACAGGCCUUGGCAGAUUUCUUAACAGAAGUACAUCAAACCAGCUCUGAAGAAACAUGGAAGAUCUAUGUGGAUGGGUCUGCUAAUCAUCAUGGAAGCGGGGUCGGGGUCUUGGUAAUAUCUCCUCAAGGAGAUAUACUCCAAUUGGCGGUUCGAUUGAAUUUCCGAGUCACAAACAACGAAGCAGAGUACGAGGCUUUGUUGGCCGGACUGCAAGUAGCCAGGUACGUAGGGGUCGCCCGGGUAAUCAUUUAUUCAGAUUCCCAGUUAGUGACUCAGCAAGUUACCGGCAACUUUGUGAUAAAUUGUGAUAAAUUACAAAUGUAUCGGGAAGCUUAUGAGAAGAUGAAGGCAGAAUUUACAGAGGUCACUGUAACCAAGAUACCUAGGUCGGAGAAUGAGCGGGCAGACGAGUUAGCAAAGAUGACCAGUUCCUUAACUACUUGGGUGCUAGAUCGGUCAACGGCACAAACUUUUCUGAUAGCCCAGAUAGAUCUACAAAAUAAUGCAGAAGCAACUAUUGAUUGGCGGACACCCAUGAUCAAUUAUCUCAGGCAGGGUAUCUUACCAACCGAUCCAGAGGAGUCACGGCUAAUUAGGAAGCAAGUGCAUGCUUAUGUAAUGAUUGGAGAUCAGCUCUACAAGAGGUCAUUCUCUCGACCUUUACUUAAAUGCUUGGGAGUAGAGGAAGCAGACCAGACCUUGCGAGAAAUACACCUGGGAUGCUGUGGCAAUCAUGUAGGUGGUCGGAUAUUAUCUCGCAAGGUGCUCCUGGCUGGAUAUUUCUGGCAUACUUUACAGAGGGAUGCUCACAAGUUGGUGAACACAUGCUUGUCUUGCCAGAAACAUCAAAACUUGACACAUCGACCUACGACCCUGUUGAGAACGUCUAUAGUUUCCUGCCCUUUUGAUCAAUGGGGCAUGGAUAUCGUGAGACCAUUUCCGAUGGCGCCAGGUCAGAGGCAUUUCUUAUUAGUGGUAGUGGACUAUUUCUCUAAAUGGGUAGAAGCAGAAGCUUUGGCUCGAAUCAUAGAAGAUGCCGUCAUUCAAUUCCUAUGGAAGAACAUUCUUUGCAAAUUUGGUAUUCCUCACAAGUUGGUGUCUGACAAUGGAAGGCAAUUUCAAGGACAAAGAAUUCAGGCCUGGUGCAAGGGAUUUGGCAUAACGCAAGCCUUUACUUCAGUAGCCUAUCCGCAAAGCAAUGGUCAGACCGAGAUAAUCAACAGAGAAAUAGUACGAGGUCUGAAGGUCAAGCUAGAUUAUGUCAGAGGCAAUUGGGUGGAAGAGUUGCCAAGCAUUCUGUGGGCCUAUCGUACAACACCCCGGGAAAGCACAGGUCUGACACCAUUCCACUUGGUUUAUGGCAAUGAAACAGUGGUACCCAUAGAAAUUGGAGUGCCAUCAGUCAGAAGGACAUUAUAUGAUGAAGAAAACACAGAGCGAAGGUUGGUUGAGCUAGAUCUUAUUAGCGAGACCCGGGACUGA